AGCCACGCACCGCUUCCGGUGUCGCCUCCGCCUUUGUCUCCGGCCCAACAACAUUUCGACAUCAAGGGUUCAUUAUUUUUCCCCCUUUACUUUUGAGGAUAUAUUCACACAUAUAUCCUAAAUUUCCUGACAUUGAAUGACAGUCGACUCUGAACUAUUUAUGCCUAAAAGUAAAGCGCCAAAAAUGGAUGACCUGGACUACAUCCCUGUAGACCUGAGCCCAGAGGAGCGCUCUGAGCUGGAGGACAUCCGCAGGAGGAAGGGCGUCCUGCUGCAGGAGAUCCAGAGGCUCAGAGAGGAGUUAAGAGAGGCGAUUUUAGAGGUAGAGGGACUGGAGACCAGCACAGAGGGCAGUAAAACUCUACAGAAAAGUAGACAUGUGGCGAUGGGGAGGAAGAAAUUCAACAUGGACCCAAAAAAGGGCAUCGUGUUUCUGGUGGAGAAAGAGCUGCUCAGACACACAUCAGAGGACAUCGCUCAGUUCUUGUACAAAGGAGAAGGCCUCAACAAGACGGCUAUAGGGGAUUACCUCGGAGAAAGGGAUGACUUCAACAUCAAAGUCCUGCAGGCUUUUGUUGACCUCCACGAGUUCACUGAUCUCAACCUCGUCCAGGCCCUCAGACAGUUCCUGUGGAGUUUCCGUUUGCCGGGUGAAGCUCAGAAGAUUGACAGAAUGAUGGAGGCCUUUGCUCAGAGAUACUGCCACUGCAACCCGGGCGUCUUCCAGAGCACUGACACAUGUUACGUGCUGUCGUUUGCCAUAAUUAUGCUGAACACGAGCCUCCAUAACCCCAACGUGAGGGAUAAACCCGGAGUGGAUCGUUUCAUCUCAAUGAACCGGGGCAUCAACGAUGGGGGAGACCUGCCGGAGGACCUGCUCAGAAAUCUCUAUGAAAGCAUUAAAAACGAGCCCUUCAAGAUCCCAGAGGACGACGGCAACGACCUGACGCACACCUUCUUCAACCCCGACAGAGAGGGCUGGCUGCUUAAACUCGGGGGAAGGGUGAAAACCUGGAAACGUCGAUGGUUCAUUCUCACUGACAACUGCCUUUAUUACUUUGAAUACACCACAGAUAAGGAACCAAGAGGAAUCAUUCCCCUGGAAAACCUUAGCAUCCGUGAAGUAGAAGACCCACGGAAACCUAACUGCUUUGAGCUGUACAUUCCCAACAACCGCGGUCAGCUGAUUAAAGCGUGUAAGACGGAGGCUGACGGGAGAGUAGUGGAAGGAAACCACAUGGUGUACCGGAUCUCUGCUCCCACACCCGAGGAGAAGGACGAGUGGAUCCACAGCAUCAAGUCCGCCGUCAGCGUGGAUCCCUUCUAUGAAAUGCUGGCGGCCAGGAAGAAACGUAUAUCACUGAAGAAGAAGGAGGAACAGCCGUAGAUAACGCCCUCAAUUCUCUCCCUGUCUUCCUUCCCUCCUUCAUACAUUCUCCUUACUACCUGACCAUAAGAUUUCUUUUAACCCUCAUUCCAAAAAAUGCCUUCUUUACGAGGACUCCUUGCUAUGUUGUCUUACCAGACUUUUGAGAAGCCACAUUCAGAGUGACGGCCGCCUCUAGUUCUCUUGGUUCUUACACUACUGUUGUUACACACAGCCUGACACACUACAAAGCUCGCCGCCUGCCCCGGCUCCUCGCCGCGCUCUUCUCUCGUUGAGUAUUUAAGUCGACGGUGACGAGUUCUUUAGACCAUAUUCACACCUGUGCCGAUUGUUUCACCGCAGCAAAAAUUGGCAUUCAAAUCAUCUGCAGUAAAAUGUGAGAGACCACUGCUCGGAAUCUGUCAGUGUCUAGAAGCCACUGAUACAGUUAGCAGACUAACCAAAAGAUGUUGGUAAGUAUUUUACUCAGACUUAUUAUAAAACUUCACAGGAACCCCUAUACAACUAAAUAACUAUAUGUUAAUGUACUGUUACCUUCCAUCAUUUCUGAAAGCGUCAGUCAACAUCUUCUUUAAGAUUUUCUGUAGUACUCCUGCCAACACAACAAGCGUCAUCAGUUCUCAUCUUGACUUGGUAGAGCACUUCCCUUUUUGUCAACCACAUAUAAAUCCUAAAACAGAAGAAAGAUGCUCAGCAGAAAUUCUGUUGACAUAACCAUCUCAUGUAUGUCUAAUGAGAAACGCCUUGUAUUUUCCUGGAAGACCCGAAAACACUAUUUUGGGCCAAAAUUCGGUGAAACUCAAAACGUUAUGUGAGAUUUAUCCGCGUCAGUGUGAAUGUGGUCUUAUUCGGGGUUAGCGGCUUUAACCGUCAUCGAGUCCUCUGUUUACUGGUGGCACCCAAAAGUGAGACAUUGCCUUUCUUGAUUGUGUAUACUCCAGACAAAAUGUGAAUUCACUAUUCAAACACUAACAAGAUUUGUAUCAGUCAGUGUUGGUCAGAGAGGAGCGAUGGUGUCACGUUACUACUGUCCACACGUAGGUACUUUAAACAUCAAGCUGGGAAAAAAAAAGAUUUUUUUCACCAGGUUUAAUCUUCAUGUUCGAUCGAGUCUCGGGGAGGAAAAAAAGACAGAAAACUGUCGUGUCACCCUGGAGACUUGUUAAGAUCCUUUACAACACUAAUACUGAGCAGUUACCGUCAUAUCCUCUCUGAUGUAACUUUACAGCAUGCCUCAAACCGUUUCCUUCUCGUUCAACACGACAGGACAAACACACACAUCUCUCACCAGUAAUGACUCAGUAACCGUCUCAAGAAGUCGCAAAAGGCAGCUCAUUACAAUGUACACUUUUUUUGUAAAUAGAUGUUAGCAUAUUUGUUUACGACACACACACACACACAUAGAAAUGAUUUAAUUUAUUCUUUAUCUUUUGUUAAGGUUCAGAUUUUUUGUACGAGCUACUGUUCUGCUGCAUGUCGAUAAACGGAGGCAUCGGCCGUAGGUACGGAUGCGUCGCUGAUCAUGAUAGUGCACUGAUUUGAAAAGUGUUAGUGUUCCCUGUUGACAUGGAACUUAAUAUGGAAGUUUACUCAUGCGUAAAUUAUGCUAUGCGAUUGAAGUUUCUUUUGAAGAUAUUUAGGAGAUGUUUUGUAGUCUUGAUUUAGCUGUAGACUCAGUAAAGCACAAGCAGAGUUCAGUCUCACAUCGUUGGUUUCCUGCUGAUGUGUGAGGAAGCUACUUACACGCUGAAAAUGCAGAUCCUAAUAAUAAAUGUAAUGAGACGACGAAACAAGGAACACUAAUAAACCUCUGAUUCAUUAUAUAGUAGUAAGAAUAUUCAAAUGUAAAGACUCACAUUAGAUUUGUGUCCAGUGAUAGUUUUGCUUGACAUCCAGUUCAUAAACUAGUAGUUUACUGAACUGGUAUUUUAGAAGGUUUAAAAAAAAAAAAAUACUGCACUUUAUCAGUUUUAGCAUUUUGGAGAAAUGCUUUUACUGUGACUGACGAUGCUUCAGCACACAUUAGCGCCCUCUACUGGUAAUCACACAACCACUGCAAUAUUGUGAAGGAUGAAUUGUGUAAAAAAAAAAAAAAAAAAAAAAAAAUGCACACAUAACCGCAUCACCUGGUCAUUUCCAGCUAUAGCACAUACUCCAACAUGUACUCUGUUUGCUGAUCUUUGUAAUUCACCUGAUUCUGACCAUGUUGCGUUAAGCUGAGUGGGUUCUUCUGUCUCUUAUGUUUUGGCUCGCACCUAAGUGAUCGGUCUGGGAUUGCCUUUUCUAUCCCACUUCAUCAGCCUAACUUUAUACUUCCAUGUUUGUGCUUCUGUACAUCACAGCGACUGUCUGUAGGCCUUCACUACUUUCUGGGUAUUCUUGAAGUGCAAAGUUGCCAAAAAAACCCCACACUAAUAUUUCCAUUUAAACAUAAGGAAAAAAAAACACUGUAAUGAUCAGAAUGAAGCAGAUCCACUGUUUCUGAUUCCUUUUCACCCCAGAGCCGCCUCUUUCAGAAAAUGUGUUUAUUUUGUAUUUAUUUAUUUUUAUUUACCGUGAGGUGGAGAUGGAUAGAUCAUCUGUAAAUGUAGCAAAAUGGAAAACCAUGAUACAUUGGUGCCAGUAAACUACUGUGUAACAAUAAAAGGUAAACAGAU